UCAGUUUAAAAACCCGACACACCCCCAGCCAAUCAGAGGACGAGUACACACGCCUACGUGCUCGCGUUGCUGGGUAGAUAAAACAAAAACAACAACAGGAGGAGGACUGGUGGUGUCAGAGAGUUUGAAGCUUUGGACGCAACAGACGGUAUCAUUUGACACUCUUAUUUUUGCACUGUUCUGCUGCAAAACCUCUUUUCUACUGUAAACCAUGGCAACUGACUGCGAGGCCUGGCUGAACAACAACCCCGUUGAGGCGGAGGACCUGAGUGACUCCUUUGUAUCUGGAGAGGAAGACAACGCAGGAUCGGUUGUCAACAAAAACAUCAAAAAUGAGAUCAAUGGCAACUGGCUGUCCUCGUCUAGCAACAGCAUCCACGAAGCACGUCUCAAGGCGAAGGCCAAGCGGAGGCUGAGAAAGAACUCUUCCAGGGACUCCGGCAGGGGGGACUCUCUCAGCGAUAACGGGGACGUGGUCAAGGGAACCUUGGUGGCACCCACCAGCCCUAAGAGCAAGCUGCUGGACAGAAAGUCCCGACUGGGCAAGGGCAGAGGUCUGCCAAAGAAAGGUGGGGCUGGAGGAAAAGGUGUGUGGGGCCGAUCUGGUGAAGUUUAUGAACCGGAGGAGGUAGAUCAGAAAGACCCCAACUAUGACGAAGCUCAGGAAAACUGUGUGUAUGAGACUGUGGUUCCCCCGCUGGAGGAGAAGGACUUUGAGAAGACGGUCACCCCCAUAGUGCAGGAAUACUUUGAACAUGGAGACACAAAUGAAGUAGCGGAGCUGCUUGCAGAACUGAACCUGGGACCCAUGCAGAGCAAGGUGCCCUCGCUGGCUGUGUCGCUGGCCCUGGAGGCCAAAGCCAGCCACCGGGAGCUCACCUCCAGGCUGCUGGUUGACCUGUGUGGACCGGUGCUGUCCCACAGCGACAUGGAAAACUCCUUUGACAAACUGCUCCUAGAGCUGCCCGAUCUGGUGCUGGAUACACCCGGAGCCCCGCAGUUGGUGGGCCAAUUCAUUGCACGCGCUGUCAGCGACGAAAUAUUGUCCAAGAGCUACAUUGAGGGCUACAAAGGCAGAGUUGACUGUCAAUACACAAGAGCAUCACUAGACCGGGCAGCGGUGCUGCUGAAGAUGAGUAUGGGUGGCCUACGCAUAGACAACCUGUGGGGGACAGGCGGGGGCCAGAGACCUGUCAAACAGCUCAUCAAAGAGAUGAACCUACUGCUGAAGGAGUACAUCCUAUCUGGAGACACCAAGGAGGCUGAGAGGUGCCUGAGAGACCUGGAAGUUCCCCACUUCCACCAUGAGUUUGUCUAUGAGGCAAUAGUGAUGGUGUUGGAGUCCAAAGGAGAGAAAACAUUGAAAAUGAUUCUGCAGCUACUCAAGUCGCUCUCUGUGUCCUCCGUCAUCACUGUGGACCAAAUGAGAAGGGGCUAUGAGAGAGUUUAUAUGGACAUUGCUGAAAUCAACAUUGAUGUCCCUCGUGCAUACUUCAUCCUGGAGCAAUUUGUUGACCAGAGCUUCAGUAUGGGAAUCAUUGACGUAAAGUUAAGAGAUCUUUGUCCCUGUCGAGGCCGGAAGAGAUUUGUCAGCGAGGGAGACGGUGGUGUUGUCAAACUUGAAAGUUACUGAGGAGCCCUUUUUAUGUGCCAGAUUUCCUGAAAAGAAAAGCUACUUUUGUACUUGCGUAUUUUUCAAAAUAGUUGGAUAAAUUUUUUCCCCUUUUAACAUUCAAAAGAAUGUACAUUUCUGAAAUUGAGGUGAGGUUUAAAAAAAACAAAACAACAACUGCACUUUUGAUUGAAACUGAAGUAGAUCACUUUCUUCAAGGUGUUUCAAUAUAAACAUUUACAUAAGCUAACCCUUAAAGUGCCACACCUCGCAGUGUCAGUCAUUCCAUGUUGUUUUGUACAGUAUUUUCUUGAGUUCACUGCCACUCCUUUUGUGUUUUUGUAGAAAGCAGUGUUUGUACAGAGAUGACUGGUUUGUGUCAAAAGCUUUAUAAAGGGGUAUUAAAAAAAUAAAGAAAGGGGAGCACGUUGGUUAAAUGCAAUACUGGCUCCCUAACUAGCUGCUGUUUCUAUACUUUGUUGGCUUUUUUUUUUUCUUUCUACCCUUUAAAUUACACAAAGAUGUCAUUAUUGAAGGUAUCAAGACAUGAGUACAGUGCAAAGACAAAUACCAGUUGGGUAACUUCACAAAAUGGUGUUGUUUAGAGUGUUUAUUUUUAUAUCUGGGGAAUACUGGUGAGUGAAAUGUACCACGUAUUGCUCCUUGUUUGUUCAUUAAAUCACUUAAAUAAUC